UAGUACGAUGUAUAUUGUAUUUCAUUCCGUGCAAUAGUUCGCUUCUAUGCAUAGUAAGAGAAGGUUUCUCGUAAAUUAAAGAUUAUUAUUCAAGUUAUUUUUUUAAAUAUUGUUUUGUAAAAGAAGAAUAAAAUAUGACGGAGGAUAAAACAGAAUUCGAUUGGGGCAAUGAAAAGUUACAACGUGCUCAGAAAACAGUGGAUGAAUCUCCAUAUGAUUUAGAAGCUUGGAGUGUUCUAAUCAGAGAAGCUCAAAAUAGGCCUAUCACAGAAGUUCGAUCGAUCUUCGAAAAACUUAUUUCUGUAUUCCCAUCUGCUGGCCGCUAUUGGAAAAUUUAUAUUGAACAAGAGAUGAAAAUGCGGAACUUUGAAAAGGUCGAAAAGCUUUUCCAAAGGUGCCUCAUGAAAAUCUUAAACAUUGAAUUAUGGAAACUUUACCUUUCUUAUGUCAAAGAGACUAAAGCGAGUCUUGCAACGUACAAGGAGAAGAUGGCACAGGCUUACGACUUUGCUUUGGACAAAAUUGGAAUGGACAUACACUCCUAUAGUAUUUGGAACGAUUAUGUUAUGUUCUUAAAAAGUGUGGAAGCUGUAGGUUCAUAUGCUGAGAAUCAGAAAAUUAGUGCUGUCCGUAAGGUAUAUCAACGUGGUGUUAUUAAUCCUAUGAUAAACAUGGAGCAGCUGUGGAAGGAUUACAUGGCAUUUGAACAAAAUAUUAAUCCAAUAAUUGCAGAAAAAAUGGCAAUUGAACGAUCAAGAGACUAUAUGAAUGCUAGACGAGUCGCUAAAGAAUUAGAAGCUGUAACGAGGGGUUUAAACAGAAGUGCUCCUAGUGUACCUCCAACUGGUCAUCCAGAAGAAGUAAAACAAGUUGAAUUAUGGAAAAAGUAUAUUGCAUGGGAACGUAGUAAUCCAUUAAGAACAGAGGAUACGUCACUCGUUGCGCGUAGAGUUAUGUUUGCAAUAGAGCAAUGUUUAUUAUGUUUGGGUCAUCAUCCUGCAGUGUGGCAUCAAGCUGCUCAUUUUCUUGAACUCAGUUCAAAGAUAUUGACGGAAAAGGGAGAUGUGAAUGCUGCUAAAAAUUUAAGCGAUGAAGCAGCAACAAUGUUCGAACGUGCAACAAAUACAUUGUUGUCAAAAAAUAUGUUGUUGUAUUUUGCUCAUGCCGAUUUUGAAGAAGGCAGAGUUAAAUAUGAGAAAGUCCAUCAAAUUUAUCAAAAGUUUCUCGAUAUUCCUGAUAUUGAUCCUACGUUGGCAUAUGUACAAUAUAUGAAAUUCGCAAGACGUGCUGAAGGUAUAAAAUCGGCUAGAACUGUUUUUAAAAGAGCUCGUGAAGAUCCACGAUGCAAACAUCAUGUUUACGUUGCUGCUGCACUGAUGGAGUACUAUUGUACCAAAGAUAAAAAUAUUGCAUUUAGAAUUUUUGAGCUUGGACUGAAAAAAUUCGGCGACAAUCCUGAUUAUAUUCUUUGUUACAUAGAUUAUUUAUCGCAUUUAAAUGAGGACAAUAAUACUAGGGUUUUAUUCGAAAGAGUAUUAUCAUCUGGUAGUUUAGAACCAGAAAAGUCAGUCGAUAUUUGGAAUCGUUUUCUGGAGUUCGAAUCUAACAUAGGAGAUUUAGCCAGUAUCGUUAAAGUCGAAAAAAGACGAAGUGCCGUAUUGGAAAAGAUCAAAGAAUUCGAAGGAAAGGAAACGGCCCAAUUAGUAGAUCGGUAUAAAUUUCUUGAUUUGUAUCCUUGCACACCAAUGGAAUUAAGAUCGAUCGGAUAUAUGGAAGUAUCUAGUGUGGCUAGAAAUUCAACCGGCGUAGUACCACGUGUACCUGAUCCAGAAGAAGCCAUAGCUUCUUUACCUCGACCCGACUUAUCACAAAUGAUCCCUUACAAACCAAAAGUAAACGCUUUGCCUGGAGAGCAUCCAGUACCUGGUGGAACGUUUCCUUUACCACCUGCCGCAGCACAAUUAUGUACGAUGUUACCACCACCUGGUUGUUUUAGAGGACCAUUCGUAGCAGUGGAUUUACUUAUGGAUGUUUUUAGUAGAAUUCAAUUACCCGAUCACGCACCAUUACCUAUAGCGGAUAACGGCUGCGAUACAAAAUUAUUCGAUCUAGCGAAAUCCGUUCAUUGGAUCGUCGAUGAGAGCAACGAUGGUAUGAGUAUCGGUUCGAAACGUAGAAGAACGCGUUUAGCUGGCGACGAUAGCGAAGAAGAAGAUUUACCACCACCUCCAGCAAACGAUAUUUAUCGACAAAGGCAACAGAAACGAGUGAAAUGAAGAGAUACGCUAUACGUUAUCUUCAAUUAUAAUAAGUGAAUCUAACCAGAUUCAGAGAUUCAUGACGAAAAUUUUUGGAAAAGAGGGAUCAAAUAUCCUUGAGAUAUUUUUCAUAUUUCCUUUUGUUUCUUAGCUGACACCUCGAAUACACGUUGGUAUGCUGAAGAAAUCAAUCAUUAUUGAUAAAUCGUACGUUAAGUAUGAGUCGUAAUAAUUCCUUGCGUGCUUUCAGCACGAUACUUUGAGUACUGUGUACUCAGUAAAAUUUUGUGUGCGUGUAUAUAUAUAUAUGUGUAUAUAUAUAUGUAUAUGUAAGUGUGUAUGUAUAUAUAUAUAUGUAUAUAUAUAUACAUAUAUUCAUAUUAAUUUCACAUUUUUAUUUAGAUGUUUUGACGUAACGUUCAUAUUUGAAGUAUCCGAAAAAAAUAUAUAUAUCUUAAUACGAACAAAAUUGCAAAGAGAGCCCAUUUGUAUUUUCUAUUUAUAUAUUAAUCUCAAUUUCAAACUCAAUUUCAAACAUGUGUAUAUUACUUUUUAAUCUAAAACCAAACAAACAAAAAAUAAAUUUAAGACAAUUUGUAUUCAAUGUAAGGAAUAUAGUCAGAUUUAUUUGUGGGCCAAUGAGAAGGUUCGAUAAUUUCUUGUAAAAUAAAAGCGAUUUAAAGAAC